GAACGCAAUCAGCUGGGUAUGAUGAUGUACUUCAUGCUGCCAUCUAUAAUGCAAAAAACACUUCACUAAGCAAAGCAGGUUCAACCGAUAUACUGUUUAAUUGGGCAGUUCUUGGUUCUCUGAACUCUGUCAGUUUUUUUCCGAUUAGCUUUUCGAAAAAUUUGUAGUUGGAGGAAGAGAGUACAAUCGGCAGAAAGACAAAGAUGGAGAGUUCGGCGUCUGGACGUACGCCGAAGGACAAUCUGGACACGUCUCUGCAGAACACCUACUACAGCUCCGAUGCACAGCAGAGCUCGCACUUCCGGGCCAACCAAAGUGGGGCAAUGGAACAGCACUGGUACGAAUCCCGGAGUGCCUACGGCGCUUCGAAACUUCCAGGGCCAAGGGGGAACCCGCACCUCGUACGGCCGAAGCCAGCACCCGUAGAAAAGCCACCGUCCAAUCCUUCCAGGGAUGCGCAAACCUACAUGAAGGGACUGUACGAAUACAAGGUACAAAACUACACAUUGAGUUUCUGUUUCAGGUGUUGCUCGUGUUCGAGUUUCGUUUUCUUUUUUUUUGAGCUGAUUCGCGGACUAGUUCUAGUUCUUGCUGUGCACCCUGCUUUGCAACUGCACCUGAAGGAAAAGACAGCGCAAAAUCAUUGAUUUUCAUGUCACACUCACACACUACAACAUGAACAUUCGAAAUUACAUAUCAACAUCAAUUCAACACAGAUGCAAGAAUACUUGAAGACCGUGGAUCCCGUAUGAAAAAUGGAAAACCCAAAAGGCGCCUUGUGCGCACAUUAUGAUUGAUUCUUGUCAUCGUUGACAUACCUACUGGUUGUUUUUGGCCUUGGGUUUGAUGUCAUGCAGUGUACUAUUUUUGCUUUCUGUUUCUACUUUCUGAUGAGAAUGCAUGUGUAGUUACAUCAGUGCUUGCAGCACUUUGCAGUGGAAGGUAUCUGUAGGAACAGAAAGAGAAGCGAUAAGCUUAGAAAAGGCGUAUCAUAAACAGGAAUGAUUUACGUCCAACUCCUCGAACAGAUCAAUUUCAAUGUCAGUUUCUUGUGGUGCGCAACUUGAAAUUUGAUCCAAGCGCAGCAUGGCCCAAGAAGGGAAUUUUCCGCUGCAUACGCCCAACCACGAGCGUCGGCGAACUGGAUUGGCUGCACCAAGGAGCCGGGUCCGAAAGGCAACCCGGGUAUUUACCAACCGUUUCCGCCCGGGAGUAUGGUGAGCCUGGAGAGACCGACGCCCGAUGGAAACCUGUCGAUUCUGCACCGCAACCAGGAGCGGUGCUUCGAGCAGCUCGCAAACGAGAAACAGGCACAACUCGACCGCGCCUUUACGGGGCGAGUGUUUGAGCAGGGAUUUCAAAACAAAGCUGCACCACACGAAAUGUAACUAGAAGACGAAGUUGAAGUUGUAGAAACAAGAAGUGGAGAUGAAUCAUUGCUCGUUCUUGGACGCUGCUCAUACAUUUUUCAGAUUCUGCCGAAGCUGAUACUUGUAGAAGUACCACCCGCGGAACAAAUCCAAAUGUAUCUAAACCUACACGUGCUACUACUGUUUCAAAUAGCCACUCACUUCUGUCACAACUGAUGCGCGGCCCUGGUGGACAGGGAUUGAGACUGUUGCACUUCACUAAUUUACAAUUACACACAAACACAAUAUAGUUUCAUUGGUAUUGUAUCACUAUCUUCUCACUGUAUCAUAUCCUAUGACACGCUGCGACAACAUCGUGUUCGAGAAUGGUCCGAAUCAAAUAGCAAUGAACUUUUAACGACCUGCUUCUUGACGGUGCUCUAAGCGUAUGUUUGGUAGCACUCUGCUGGCAGAGUCAGGCUGUGCGCAAGCGCAUGUACAAUUAGAAAUG